AUGCUAAACGAUAUCAUAUUUCAAGUUAUUAUAGCUUCUUUUGGAGUCACAAUAGUGAAUAGCGAUAAAAUCAAAUUUCUUCACAAAUUCAAAUAUGCCAUCUACGUUGUAAUUUUUUCCUUUUUAUUAUGUAAGGGAAUACCCUGGGAUAGGGAAAAUUAUUACACAUAUUUGAAUAUAAGACCAAAUGCAACAAAGCAAGAAAUACAAACUGCCUACAGAAAGGCUGCGAAAAUAUAUCACCCAGACAAAAAUCCGGAUGCAUCAGCUGAUACGUCAUUUAUAAAGUUAAAACAAGCAUAUGACGUUUUGACAGACGAUGUGAGGAGAAGUAACUACAAUCGAUUUGGGGAUUACAAGAAUGGAGAAGUAGACGACAACACUGCUACAUUAUUGAUAUGCCUUUCUUUGGUACAACACACCAUGUUUUUCAUUAUAGGAUAUUUUUUAUCAUAUCCACGGAAGCUGGAGUUUGCAAGACAAAUAUUUUUGGUGUACAAUAUAGCUAGCUUUUGUUUUGAAUUACAAUUUCGAUUUAUUGAAGAUGAUACGACAUUUGAUUGGUUGCCCUCGGUUGGUUAUCUAUUGCCAUAUGAAAAGAUAAAAUUACUUAGGAUGUUAUUUCCUCUAGUUUUUUUUAUUAGUAUAUGUGCUUCAGCUUAUACAUACACAGACAGAAAUGCUACGCUAAUUUAUUUAAUGAGAUCAAUUUUAGCAACGAACAGAAUUGUUUUUGAAAGAUCAAAUGACGUAGUUGAAUCAACGAAUUAUUUAAAAAAAAAUGGAGAACAAUUAGUUUCGAAAUUGCAGGAAAUGAGGAAAGCUGUUGAUGGUAAUAAGUCGUCUGAGCCAAAUUUGAAAGAAUCCAAAGAGGAUGAAAAAGGGUGUUUGGAAGAUGGAAAAAAAGAUCCAAAGGAUGAAAAUAACAGUGAAGAAAUAAUACGUCAAAAUAUGAAAGAAUUUGCCUUAACACUCGAUUCCCACCAAAUGGGUUUACUUGAAAAGUGUUUUGAGUUAAUGAAAAGUAAAGGUGGCCCCAAGGGAAAGCAGAACAAGAAAAAGUCCUGGUUUGAAUUUUUCUCCAUGCAGAUGAUAUUUGGAAUUAUAUUCGUAUAUAUAUGGUUCACUACAAAGUGA